AUGCGUCGGAUCAAUCGCUCCACCAUAGCUACUCCACACUUUCGCGGGUGGGCGCCGCAGGUGGCCAUCCUGGAGCACCAGGCCGUCGGCGGAUUUCUGACGCAUUGCGGGUGGGGAUCGACCCUGGAGAGCGUCGCCGCGGGUGUGCCCAUGGCCACCUGGCCGUCCACCGCGGAGCAGUUCCUGAACGAGAAGCUGAUCGUCGAUGUGCUUCGGGUCGGUGUGUCUGUCAGCGUGACGAAGCCCACAGAGGGUGUGCUGACCGGUGUCAAAAGCGGUGGCGGCAAGGCGAAGGCAGAUGUGGGAACGGAACAGGUGAAGCAAGUAUUGGAUAUGCUGAUGGAUGGAGGAGUGGAUGGGGAGGCUAGGAGGACGAAAGCUGUGGAGCUGAAGGCCAAAGCAAAGGCUGCGUUGCAGCAUGGGGGCUCGUCAUUUAUAAAUCUGCAGAAGUUGAUACAGUUUGCUGGUUGAAAAUGGAUUAGUUUCAGCUCAUUAAUCAGUUGGUUUCAGCGUAAUAGUUUACACUAUUUGGAUCUUAAAUGUACUAGUGAUUAGCUUUUGCUUGAACUAUGCUUAUGUGCCUGUCCGGCUGGGAAGGAAGAAUUAUAAAAUACCUGAAACAAGCAGAUAUUGCAAUUUUCAA